UCCACACGUCAAAUAAAGGCUUUAAAGCCUUGAGCACAGUGUCUAGUCCAGAGUAGUUGCUUAAUCAAUGGCUGCUGUAUUGAUAAUAAUAACUUAAUAUUCUUGAGCACUUUACCAGGCCAAAAAAAGGAAAGAAAGAAAGAAGAGGACAUGGGGAAUACAAAGGAGGGUGAUAAUAAAAUGAACUGAUAAGUAUAUAAAACAGAUCCCAUUAGGCAGGGGUGUCAUGAGGAUUAGUGUGAUAGGGACCUUGUUGCUAAGUGCAAAAGCAAAACAAUGACAUAAAAACAAGUAGACUAGGCACUGAGUGGAGGAGAGAGAUGGAAGCAGACACUGCAGGAAAAAAAGCUGAUUAAAAAGGGGCCUUUGAUUCCACAGGCACAAAAAUCCACAGCCAGGAAUUUGCUGCCACCUCUGAGUCAGGCAGGGGGGUGGGGGUGGGGUGCACAAUCCCAUUAGUACAGAAUGCCCAGUGGAUUUAGUCUGAGAGUCACAUUUCUUAUUUGGACCAGUGUAGACAGAAGCAAACCCAGCUCACUUGUUUCCUGGGACAUUUGAGUUAGGGAAUGGCUUUCGCAGAGCACUCCUCACUGACCCCUUACCGCCGGGACCUCUGUAGCCGCUCUAUCUGGCUAGCAAGGAAGAUUCGUUCAGACCUGACUGCUCUUAUGGAAUCUUAUAUGAAGCAUCAGGGCCUGAACGAGAACAUAAACCUGGACUCUGUGGAUGGUGUGCCAGUAGCAAGCACUGAUCGAUGGAGUGAGCUGACUGAGGCAGAGCGACUCCAAGACAACCUCCAAGCUUACCGUGCCUUCCAUGUUAUGUUGGCCAGGCUUUUAGAAGACCAGCAGGUGCAUUUUACUCCAGCUGAAGGGGACUUCCAUCAAGCAAUACAUACCCUUCUUCUCCAAGUUGCUGCCUUUGCUUACCAACUGGAGGAAUUAAUGAUGCUCCUGGAACACAAGAUCCCCCCCAGUGAGGCUGUUGGGAUGCCUAUCAUUGUUGGAGAUGGUGGUCUCUUUGAGAAGAAGCUGUGGGGCCUGAAGGUGUUGCGAGAGCUUUCACAGUGGACAGUUCGGUCCAUUCGUGACCUUCGAGUCAUUUCUUCUCAUCAGACUGGGGUUCCGGCACACGGGAGCCAUUAUAUUGCUAAUGACCAGAAAACAUAGCAGCUUUCCCUCUCUCUCCCCCUUCCUUUUCUAGUGGAAUAUACACAGUUCCUGGGGUCUCACUUUCCCAUCCUUAAGUUUUGAAAGGUUGAAGUUUUCUAACCUUUAAGACCACAGGCAUUUUCAUCAAGUAGGGUUGGAGAUGUGGACAAAUGGGCAUAAGGUUUAUUCUGGUGUGUGUGUGUGUGUGUUGGGGCCAUAAGGGAGUGCGGGUAUGGACAACAUUCUUCCACUUUAGUGCUCUAACCUUUUCUACUCACUAAGUUAACCUUAUAAGUAUUUAACAGUCUCACAGGAUAAAUGUGUUUAACUUUAGUCCUAGAUGACUUUUCUGAGAAGACAAAUAGUGAAUGAAAAAUCAUGGACUCUACUAGCCAAUUCAAACUCAUGGAUAAUAAAAAUAGUAACUAACAUGUAUGGAGUAUGUACUAUAUGGUAGCAGUACGCCAGGGGCUCUGUGUGUAUUAUAAUUUUCACAACAACUCUGUUAAGGGAGGUAGUGUUAUUCCCACUUGGCAGAUGAGAAAACAAGGCCACAGAAAUUAUAACUUGUUCCAGAUUACCUACCCAGCAAAUGGCACACUUAAAUUUGAACUCAGAUCUUUCUCAUUCCAAAGCCUAUGUGCCCCUCACUUCAGAGGCCUAAUUCUGAACCUUGAUCACUGCACCUCUGUGUCAUAGAGGGUUGGAAAAUUGACCCAUGUAGUCUAUCCCCAGCACUGGAAAAACAAUCCCCAUUAUAUGUCCUGAUAGGUUAGUGGAACAAAAUUGGCAUUAAGGGUGGUAUUUAAAGUUGCUCAUGCUUAGCUAAGAAGAGAGCAGUGGAGAUAUUAAGAUCUUUUGAGGAAAAGACUAGGCCCACCGUACUUCUGAAAUGAGGAUGCUCCAGGCUGAUUUAAAGUGUCCCCAAAUGUUUUUGACUUUUGGAUUGGGCACAGCACGUACUAGGUUACCUCACAUUUCUAGUCAUCAGCAGUGUAGCGACACAGACACCGUAAGCCAAGCAUUCAUGAACAAUGUCUGUCUGGAAUACUACUCAGGUUAAAAUGUCAUAAAACUCCUUUACCACACAUUCUCUGGACUUAGUCAUGAGGAGAGGGUAAGGCCCACUCUCUUCCCAGCGGGAAGGCCAGCGGUUCUGAAGCAAUAUAGAGCCAAGCCUCCAUGCUCCACAACAAAGGGGCAGGACUUUGUGUUCAGUGUUCCUGAGAGAAACACCGUAUGAAAGACACCAACUUGUAAAUGUGGGCAUUAAUGGAAAAGGUCAUUUGCGGUCAGGCCUGUGAACCAGUGCUGCAGCGUAAGCCCAGAAGCUCUCAGGUGUGACGCUCUUUUAUGCUACCAGUCAAACUCUCCCUCUUGGAUGGGAGACCCAAAUCAAUUUAGUUUGCUUACUUGAGGGUCCUGUGCUCUUAAGUGAACCAUGAGUCAGAGAGGGCCAGCCACAUAGGUUGCAUGAGAUUGGGAUGGGGUGACUUAUCUUUCAUCUUUUUCCCACAAGAGUGCAUGUCCAAACCUCCAUGAGGUUAGAGAGGGGGUCAAACGCUGGGAGAGGCACUAUGACAAUACGGGGGAAGGGAGGCUGUUGUGCAGUGUACGUCUGUGGAAAUGACCCUGUAUGUGUAGAAGGCAUCAGUGCUGGUUGGAAUUGUGAGGCACGAGUUUAGGGUUAGGGAGUUCUAGGGAGGAGCUCAGUGAGGACCAGCAAUCACUUUCUGGUGGAGGGAGGAGUUCAGUUGUGUCUCAGAGGUUGGCUGGGUACCAAAUAAAGAGCAAUCAUGAGAAAGGGAAGGGUUAGCUGUUAGAAGAAAGUGAGGCAGCAAUAAACAUUUGGGUCCAGCUCCCAUUCAAGGCUUAUUGUCUGGUUUUAGUUCAUUUGUAAUUUUGGUAUAUAGGUAGGUACUUCCUCAGUGAAUGCAGAGAGGCUUAUUUCAUUCAAGCUUUCUCCUAUUUAAACUUUUUCAUCUGCCUAAGAGCAGUAUUUCUAAUGGAUAAAAUACCUGUUUAUUAAUGUGAAGCUCUUAGAUUUAUCUGUGAAGUAUUUUAGGCUCUUUCUGUUUAAUGGAUAAAGAUGUGACUACAAUUUCUUAAUGGGGAGUAAUUGAACACAGUCUUGCUGAAUCUGAAAGAAGGGACUCCUCUCCAAGUGUUUCGUGUUUAUAUUCAGCAGAUGAGGCAGAGCUGAUGUCAGCAGAAGUUUCAAAAAUCAGUGGAGCAUGACUUAAGCUCUGCUGAGUUACGUAUGAAGGAAUAUUUACCUGUAAGAGGCACAUUCGAAGUUGCAGAGGGUCCCGAGAAAGUACAAGUACUAUUGAAUGGGAGGAAAAUAGGAAGCCGUGUGAGUGUCAAUUAGGUCACAAACAUCAAGUCCCCCUGAGUGUACGCCCAGCAUUGUGCUAAGAGUUCUGUAUCAGUUUCUUCAAAAAAUUUGCAGUAUCCCUCAAAAGAAGUAAGGGGGAAAUUGUUAGAAAAAUGUAGAUAGAAGAAAGGAGAAAUGAGCACUCGGCUCUAAUAACAAAGUCGCAAACGUGCGUGGAUCUGAAUGUGUCAACUGUGCAUCAUGCUUGUCUGAUGUUCUAGGCCCCUGUUCUAAGAGUGUGUCUUAAAAUACAGGUGGGAAUAAUGGCAACACUGAAGGAUGGUCUUUUUAAGGGUCCGGAACUCAAGAGAUUUUUGGCCUUUAGAUGUUAGUUCCCUUGUUUCUUAGGUCUAUAUAUGGAUAAGAUCUCUGGGGAAUCAUAUUUUUAUAUACAUAUAAACUAUAGUUAUAUAAUAUGUAACUAUAAAAGUUAUAUAAAAUGUGUAAUAUGUAACUAUAGUUAUAUAUACGUAAAGGCGUUUAUGUGUGUGUGUGUGUGUGUGUGUGUGUGUUUUAAAGGCAUUUAAAAUUUAGUUCCUAACCGCUAACUCAUAUUUUUGUAAAGACGAUUCCUUCUAUCCCACAGCCUCUAGAAAAGUCCUUUGUCGGGAGAGAGAUUCUGUUUUCCUGAAUCUGUAAGGAGUUGCAGGUGUGAGAAUUGAUGAACUUUGCAUUGGUUUAAGAAGGUGACUUGGGGGGAAAAAAACCUUGCAAAUUGGUACAAACUCACAGGCCAAAUGUCAAAUAAAAUUAGCUUUGAAAUAAU